AUGGUCGUCGACGACGAUUCCGCCUCUGAUUCUCGUCCAGAUUCCAUUCCCUUUGGUCCUACCACUGACUGGGGGUCGACUCAACAGGCUGCUCCUCCGGCCAACACUGUCAAUCCCGAUCCAUCCGCUCGAGAGAUGAUGGCGUUCGACUACCGCGCCAUCCGGGAGCAACUAGUCGGCUCCAAUCCACUACCGUUCGGUACACAAGUAUAUCGAGAGGAAGACCUUCUCUUCCUAUUUCAGAAUGUCGCCAACAAUUUCAUACACUUGUCCAAUAAGUACCCCGCCUCGACUCUCGGCGAAAUCGAGGAUCGUGUUCAAUUCUAUCAGAACCUGCAAUGGGUUUUCACCGCUGACCGUCAGGUUUUCCUGGCCACCCACUGCGGCUAUCCCUAG